AUGGUCAAAGAUACUAAGCUUUAUGAUUUGUUAGGAGUGGCCCCCUCAGCCUCCGAGCAAGAUAUUAAAAAGGGCUAUAGAAAACAGGCAUUGAAGUAUCACCCAGACAAACCAACUGGUGAUACUGAAAAGUUCAAAGAAAUCUCUGAAGCCUUUGAUAUUCUUUCCAAUGCUGAUAAGAGACAAGUGUAUGAUGAUUACGGUAUAGAGGCCGCCAGAGGUAAUGCUCCUGCUGGAGGCAAUCCCUUCUCUGGCGGUGGAGGAGGGGGUGGUGGUAAUCCGUUUGCUUCGUUUGGUGGUGGAGGCCAUCAUACUUUUUCCCAAGCUGAUGCGUUCAACAUCUUCUCCCAAAUGGGAGGUUUCGGAAUGGGAGAUGAUGGUGGGUUCUCCUUUAGUAGUGGUGGUAUGCCUGGAGGAGGUGGUGGCUUCAGUUCUUUUGGUGGUGGUAGUGGCGGUAUGCCUGGAGGAUUUAGUUCGUAUGGUGGAGGUACGCCUAGACAAAGACGUCCAGAACCAGAUACCGUUAGUAUGCCAUUGGCCGUAAGUUUAGACGAUUUAUAUAAGGGAGGAGUCAAGAAGAUGAAAUUGAAUAGAAAGGGGAUCAACGGUGAAAGAGAAACCAAAGUUAUAGAAAUCAACUUAAAACCUGGUUGGAAAGCUGGUACUAAAAUCAAUUUCACAAAUGAAGGAGAUUAUCAACCUGAAUGUCAAGCUCGACAAACCAUUCAAUUUGUUAUUGAAGAGAAACCCAAUCAAUUAUUUGAAAGAGAUGGAAAUAAUUUGAUCUUGACUGUUAAGUUAAGUUUAAAGGAAUCAUUAUUAGGUUUCAACAAACAAAUCACCACCAUGGACGGACGCAAGAUUCCCUUAUCACGGUCUCAACCAAUACAACCUAACUCCCAAAACACUUACCCUGGUUUAGGUAUGCCUAUAAGCAAAUUGCCUGGUCAAUUUGGUGAUUUGAUUGUUAAUUUCAAGAUUGAUUUCCCAUUGUCACUAACUCAAGAUCAAAAGGAUGCCAUCAAUCAACAUUUCUCAUAG